CACCCGAAGGAUAACAUAUCUUCUAGUCUCUCUGCGAUAACUUGUAGUAGAAUUCAUCAUCUCUCUCAAAUUCCAUCAGAUUAGCAAAAGGAUGAUAAAUUCAAUCACCGAUGAUCUCAUCCUCGAGAUAUUCUCAAGACUGCCUGCAAAGUCAAUCACUAGGUUUCACUGCGUGUCGAAGCUGUGGAGGUCCAUACUUUGCGGUCAAUUUUUCACCGACUUGUUCCUAACUAGGUCAUCUGCUCGUCCACGUCUCUUGUUCGCCGCCCACGGAACUGGAGAACUUGAGUGGCACUUUUUCUCGUCGCCACAGCCCCGUAAUCCAUAUGACAAGUCUUCUCUUGAAGUUGCCGAUUCUUAUAUGACAUGGUCUCAUGACAUGUGGCAUAACUUUGGUGGUUAUGCCUCUGGUUUGGUUUACUCACGCCGUGAUAUAUGUACCAGCAUAUAUGUGCAGAUGUUUCCGAAAACACUGCAUGUGAUAUGUAAUCCUAGCACAGGAGAGUAUGUUUAUUUACCUCAACUACAAUCAUACAGAAUACAGGAAAGCUUUCUAGGGUUUGAUCCGAUUGACAAGCAAUUCAAAGUAUUGUCCAUUGUUAAUUCACGUUCUGUUGAUGAAAAUAGAGUUCUGACGUUAGGAACAGGUGAAGAAAUGAUGACUUGGAGGAAGAUCAAAACUCCAGUGGCCCAUAAACCGUGUCGGCCUUCGUCGCCUAAACGAAUAUGCAUCAAUGGUGUUUUGUAUUACUUGGCUAAAAGUAAAACAACUGGUGAUGAAGACUCCUAUGUGAUAGUUUCUUUUGAUGUUAGGUCUGAGAAAUUCAAUUUUAUAGAAGCAAAAAAAGGCGAAUGUAAUAAUCUGAUAAACUAUAAGGGUAAAUUAGGUGGGAUUACUUUGACCCUUACCUGCAGCUUAAGUAUGUGGAUUCUAGAGGAUGCUGAAAAACAUGAAUGGUCGGAAUAUUCAUAUACUCUGCCUCGUAAUGUAUUUGGUCCUGUUGGCUGCGAUGUUUCCGUAGUGGGAGUGAUUGACACAGGUGAAAUAGUUUUGUCAAUGGACUAUGCCAUUAGGGGUAAACCUUUUUAUGUCUUCUACUUCCAUCCAGAAAGGAACAGUCUCCAAAGGGUUGAAAUCCAAGGUUUUGAGAAUCCUGGUAGAGUUUUCGUCUUUGUCGACCACGUAGAGGAUCUUAAUCUUAACGUUGCAAAGUUUCUCAAGUCAAGAAUCUCAGCUCCAUCAGUGAAGAACAAAAGCUAUGUAAGAGAAAGAGACAUGGACAUGAGGAGGGGUAAUGGUGUGAGUAGGAAGAAGAAACAAAGAAAGAGAAGCAGGAGACAGUAAGGAAGAAGCAUACAUCACGAAGAGGUGUGUGUGGCAUGUAGAGACGAUCAUUGGAGUGAGAAGGGAAAGAGAAGAUCUUCUUGUUUUUUUGGACAAUAGAGAAAGAGACAUGUAAAACACAAUGUUCUCUAUCUAUGCGUUUUUAUGUUUGUUUGUUAUUAGAUAUUGGGAGGUCGCUGCGAAUCAAAAUCUAUAUGCUUUGGUAAUACAAUAA